UCAUUCUUUAUUAUUUACUUUAGAAUUAUUUUUUACGUCAAGAAAUAUUUUUAUAAUAUUUAAUUUAAUUUAAGGUGCAUUGAUUUUGUAGGUUGAAGAUGGAUGAUGAUGAUAAUAUACAUGGACGUUGAUGGACCACAUGAGUUAGAUGUUAGAGAUAUGUCACCAACCAAAAUCCACUCACCUUUUGCCAUGAUUUCUCUUCUGAAAAACUCCAACCCACUUCUUCUCUUUCUUUCCACUAUAGAUUAGCUACCCUGGCUUCAUUUUUAAUUCUCCUUUUUCAAAAUAAAAAAUUCAAAAUUCCCACAAAAUCUAUAUGUAUAUGUUCUUCAGGAGUUGUUGCUUCACAUUUUGACAGAGCGAAAUGGGCUUUCUUGGACACGAUGCAUCAAAUCUUAGAGUCCUCGACUGUACACUAAGGUUGUUUGUCAUUCCCUUGUCCGUUGCCUCCAUAUGGCUGUCUGUCACAGAUCAACAGGACAACAGUAGUUAUGGGAGGGUUGAAUUCAGCAAUUUCACAGGACUCAAGUACAUGGUUGGCAUUAGUGCUGUGUCAGGUGGAUAUGCUCUGUUUACUGCUGUAUCUUUGUGGGUCAGGAGUUUAGUAACUAAAGCAUGGUUCUUCUUUGUUUCUGACCAGCUUGUAGCAUACUUGAUCGUCACAUCAUUGGCUGCAAUUUGGGAAAUAUUUUACUUAGCCUAUAAUGGUGACCAAAAGGUAUCAUGGAGUGAAGCCUGCAGUUCCUUUGGAAAAUUCUGCAGUAGAUUGAAGCUGGUUUUGGUGCUUCAUGCCAUCACCCUUUCUUGUUUCCUUGCAUUAGCUGUGAUUUCAGCUUACAGGGUCUUCAGCAGAUUUCAGCCUCCUAGUAAAGAGAAUAUUGAAGAAGAAAAGGAAAUAUGCACUAAUUGAUUUUAUACUUUUGUUACGCUUUGUGAUGAUUUAAGAGUUUAAAGCUCUUGUUUAUCUUUCAUAUCAAGACGUAUUUGACUAUUGAAUCAAUUUGGUGGUUAAUUUUUCUA